UGUGCGUUUGCCGUAUGUACGGACGUAGUAGUAGUAGCAAUGAUCUUUAUUUAGUAACCACGCGUGGCUGCGCGACUUGUCAUUCACAAAUCGAGCACGCUCGCCCGCGUAAUUUUACGGGUGGCAAUAACUUUUUUGUGUAUAAUUGACAUAACUCGCUCGCAACGUAGGAUCUCCACGUUUCGCGAUCGCGUAUUCUCUCGAAAACCAAUGUUACAAAUUAUUAAGUGCCUUAUUAAUUAAUUCCUCCAGCAAAUAUAUAAAAAAAAUUGAGAUGGAUCUGUUACUUAUAAAUGAUUAUUUAAAGACAUAUUCUGGCAGAGAUAAAAUAUUAAGAACCCUUUCUUAUUCGGCAAAGUUACUUACUGUAUGUACUUCAUCUAAGGAUACUGAAAGAAAACUUAAGACCUUUGGAAGUCAAAUGAGUGAAUGCAGAGUGAUGUUGCGCUUAUUAGAUGAUCUUCCAAUGCUUCAUUACAUUAUGACAUAUGGAUGGGGAAAAAAGGAACCUGACUGGUUGAUUAGAUGGAGUCAAGUGAUACAAAAUGUAAUAGAUACAAUUUAUUCUCCUGUAGAGCACAUUUCUUGGGCUGGUCAGCAUAAUAUUAUAUCAAUUAAUAUUGACAAAUGGGAUCUUGCUACAACUUGGUUUUGGAUAGUCUCUUUACAUCUGUCCCUCCUUAGGUCACUAAAACUACUCAAAAACCUUCAAAAGUAUAAAACAGAUUUGGAAAAAAAUAAUCCUGAUGUACAAAGCAUGUUAAAAGAGAUCAAUGAGCAACGGCAGAGUACAUUAUUGAUAUGCACACGUCUUGCUUUGGAUAUUACUUAUGCGAUUAGUUACUUACCACCGGGCAUACUUUGGGGAGGCCGUUUAAAAACAUGGCAUGUUGGUGCACUUGGUACAAUAUCAUCGUUAAUCGGGCUUUAUCAAGCUUUUAGUCAACGAUUAAAAAGUUGAAAAGUUAUUAGAUAAGAAAGUUUUAUCGUUAUGUUGAUUGUUAAAAAUAUGGGAUGUAUAUAUUAUGUAUAAUAGCAUCAAAAGUAUUAAUAUAUAUUUAGGUUUAUACUUUAUAUAUUUCAUGGACAAAUGUAAAUUUUGCUAUAAAAUUAAAAGAAAUACACAAAACGUAUUGUAUAUAAAUACUAUACGAAUAUAUAAAUAUGUAUAAUAAGGGAAUUCACAUGUUUUGUUUUAUUAUUUUUUUAUUAUACAAUUAAUAUCU